CUCGACUCACCAAUGAAAACCUAACUAUUAAGCCGAUUUUAAAUAAUGUAUAAAAUUACUACAAAGUUUAAGUGAUGUUGAAAAAUGCCCAAAGUAACUAUAAAGUCAAUGCUGAAGAAAUCCAGUGGAAAAACCGAACAGAAUGAAACUUGCUGCAAAUAUUGCGACAAGAAGUUUCGAUAUCCUUGCCUGCUUAUAGUUCAUUUGAGAACACAUACUGGAGAGAAACCUUUUAAGUGCGAAGUUUGUGAAAAAGGUUUUUAUAGCCGUACACUUUUGAUAAGCCAUGAAAAAAUUCAUGAAAAAAAACACACUAUUCAAAUGCUUACAAUGUGAAAAAACAUUUCAAACUCUUUCCUAUCUAAAAAUCCAUGAAAAAAUACACACAGAAGAGAAACCAUACAAAUGUGAUAUAUGUGACAAGUCCUUUAAGACAAAGACGUACUUGAACAGGCAUGUUAUGUACAUUCACUAUAAAGAUAAAACAUAUGAGUGUAAACUGUGUGGAAAGGGCUUCACACAAUAUAAUAAUUUAAAAGUACAUCAUUUUGUCCACAACAACGUUAAACCAUUCAAGUGUGAUAAAUGUGACAAAGCUUAUUUUCGACAGGCUCAUUUGACAACCCAUCAACGUGUCCACACAGGGGAAAAGCCGUACAAAUGCAACAUUUGUGAAAAAUCGUUUACUGUAAACAUUGGCUUGAAAAAUCACCAAAGAACUCACACUGGGGAAAAGCCUUAUCAAUGCAAAAUUUGUGAUAAAUCGUUCUCCACAAAAGAGACUGUAAGGGUCCACCAAGUAGUUCACGCUAGUGAGAAGCCAUUCAAAUGUAACAUUUGUGAAAAGUCGUUCACUGCAAGAGCUACCUUAAGAGGACACCAAAGAGUUCACACUGGAGAGAAGCCAUUUCAAUGCAAAACUUGCAUGAAAAGUUUCCGAGACCGAUGCAACAUGAAACGACAUGAAAAGUUGCAUUUAUCCAAAAGCUAAAGCCUAAAUGAAACUAUCUUUGCUACUAAAAUUUUACCAUGUUGUAGUCUGUAAAAUUUGUUACUUAUUUAUCUACCUGUCAAUGUAAAUACCUUUUCUAAUUAAUGUUUUAAUUGCCUUUUUUUACAAUGAUGUGGUGACCUUAUUUUUAUACUCAUUCCAUUCAGGUUCGGUUGUCAAAUUUAAUUGAUUAUUUAAGAUUAAUUGUUUUUUUAUUGUAAAAUUAAGCACGUACUGUGAAAUUAAACAUGUACAUCUUUUUACA